CGGGACUGGGUCUGGGUGGGUGGGCGCGGCCGCAGCAGUCGCAGCGGGGCCAUCUUCGGCGGGCGAGUGGGCUCGGCCUGGGCAACCCGCACCUGCGUCCCCCGCCCGGCCCGAUGGCGCCGCGGCCGCUGGGCCCCUUGGUGCUGGCGCUGGGCGGCGCCGCGGCGGUGCUGGGCUCGGUGCUCUUCAUCCUCUGGAAGACCUACUUCGGCCGCGGCCGAGAGCGGCGCUGGGACCGGGGAGAGGCCUGGUGGGGCGCGGAGGCUGCCCGCCUCCCCGAGUGGGACGAGUGGGACCCCGAGGACGAGGAGGACGAGGAGCCGGCGCUGGAGGAGCUGGAACAGCGCGAGGUGCUGGUGCUGGGGCUGGAUGGCGCAGGCAAGAGCACGUUCCUGCGCGUGCUGUCGGGGAAGCCACCGCUGGAAGGCCACAUCCCCACCUGGGGCUUCAACUCCGUGCGUCUGCCCACCAAGGACUUUGAGGUGGACCUGCUAGAAAUUGGGGGCAGCCAGAACCUACGCUUCUACUGGAAGGAGUUUGUGAGCGAGGUGGAUGUGCUGGUGUUUGUGGUGGACUCGGCUGACCGACUGCGGCUGCCCUGGGCCCGACAGGAGCUGCACAAGCUGCUGGACAAGGACCCUGACCUGCCUGUCGUCGUGGUGGCCAACAAGCAGGACCUGAGCGAGGCCAUGAGUAUGGGGGAGCUGCAGCGGGAGCUGGGCCUACAGGCUAUCGAUAACCAGCGGGAGGUUUUCCUCUUGGCAGCUAGCAUUGCCCCUGCAGGACCCAGCUUUGAAGAGCCUGGCACCGUGCACAUCUGGAAACUGCUCUUGGAGCUUCUCUCCUAGGCUGGAGCUCUCCUGCUCGCCACCUGCCUGUCAAGACCAUAGUUGUACUGCUGCUGCUUCAUUGCCAGACUGGGCCUGGGGCAAGAGCCACAUGGCAGCAUUUCCCUUUUCCCCUCCUUUGCCUUUCAAGAGCAGGGCCUGGGCAAGGCCAAGAACCAUGCAGAAGCCUUCCUGGUGGGGUGGCCGUGAAGCCGAAGCAGGGAGGUGGGUGAGACAGAGGGUGGGGAGGAUAGUGUCUGGCUCAUUCCAGGCUGGAAUGUGGAUCCAGCUUUCCCUUCUCUUACCUGUACAGUGAGAUGCUCAGUGGGCUCAAUCCUCCACUACAGGUCCCGGUACCUGAGGAACCAGUGUAGGUGUCAGAAAUACUCCUAGAGCCUCAAGGUCUCCUAGUCCAGAAACAGUCUGGUGACGUCAUGCCCUUCUCAUGUGGGCAGCUUCUGAGUGGUGACACAGCAAGCCUUUGUUCCUGUCCUGCAUUGUCCAGCCCCAGCUCCACCUAAGUGACUUGUGGCCUUGUGCAAUCUCUGCCUCUCUGACCCCAGGGCCAUUAUUUUUAAAGGGAGGUGGUUUCCUAAUUCGGAGAUGCCUUUCCCAGCCAUGGGAGUGUGAAGUGCUAGGAUGAACCUGGCCAUCCUAGCAAGGAGCUUUCUGAAGACCUCCCUGCUUUUCCCUGAGCCCAGGCCUGGCCUGCCAGCCUCUCUUGACUACAGAAUAACUGAUAUUCACCCACCAAACAGAAAAAGUGAAGGCUGGGUUUUUCCCCUCUAAUCUGGAGACAAGCUGCUGCUCUCGUACUAACUGUGCCAGUGCCCAUGUUUACAGAAGUCAGGGGAAGGAAGGAGCCUGUGUCCCUGGGAUGACAGUCAACUGGAGCUAGGUGUUGACCUCAGAACUGCAUUUUAUUUAUUAAUUUAUAAGCAGAACAGGCCAGAGUUCUAGGCUCUGUUUCUAGGUGCUGUUUUCAAAACCCCACAUGACAGUCAUAGAAAAUUUGGAACUUAGGAAAAUAGCUGGAAUCAUGAAUGACAAUGAGAUAACACACACGUCAGUGGAGACAAAGUUGUGGGUUCCUCCUCCCAGCUGGCUUUGAGGCUGUCGUCGAUAUCAUAGUACUUUACAUGGAUUCACAUGAACUGAAACACCACCACUUGGCCCAGGAUGUUGAAAGGGUGCAAAUUCCUUCUGGGUAGAUAAGAAAUGACUCUGGGAGAGGAUUUCCCUUAUGUGAAUCUAGGUAAAAAGAUGGAAAAAAAUUGUAUUAUGUGAUCCUAAGGACAGGAAUAGCAGACCAGCCAACGGGAUGGCCUUGGGUACAUCACUCAGCCUUUCCGGACCCAAUUUUUCCCCAGUGAAAGCCAAGUUGGACUGAAUUUCUGGAGUUCUCAUCAGUGCACAUUCCAUAGUUCUCCAGUGCUGGGCGAUCAGCCCAAUUUAAGGACUGGCUCUGUACUAACAUUUAUUAUCGGUACAGGCAAAGAGGAGCCUGUUGUCUGUUAGGGACCACUAAAUCAACAACCACAAAUGGAUUUUUUUUUUUAAGAGGAGCUGUGCACCUCAAUUUGCUGUCUAGUUGAGAAUAGAGAUUGUGUGCCUUCAUUUCAUUUGACAUUUACCCAGCAUGCCUCAGUUCCACACCGUGACCAGUGUAAGAAGAGGAACUAUGAUAAAAACAGUUCAACAAGCCGCAAGGAGGGUGGGAAAUUCUGAAGUCCAGAAGCGAGUGUGAUUUUGGAAAUUGGCUGCUGUGCCCUUGGGCGCCAUUUGAAGGAUCACUGUUCUCGAAAGUGCUGGUUCACCUUCUGCAGUAAGAAGUGAUUUAUGGGCUCUUAGGUAAAAUUUUAAGAAUGACUUGGGUUUUAGAGUAGCCUUUGAAACUUUGCUGGCAGCUUUUCAUUUUGUCAUUGGAAGGGUAAGAGACUUUUCUCCUUUGUUCUAUGAACUCCUUGUUCUUCAGGGCUUGAAGGUGUUAACAAAAAAACCUUAGACAACUUUAACAAAGUUUAAAAAGUAUGUUCUGUUUUUGAGCAGAAAAAAGAUUCAUGAACUGGUUAGUACUUAGCACCAAAAGCAGUUCAGAAUGCUCAGCCCCACAGUGUGUGUAGGCUGCAUUUAUAGCCAGAGAAACGAAAAUAACUUAGGUUGCCUGAUUGGCUGCAGUCUGGCAUUUGCCUUACCUGAACAUGUUUUAGCAGCCUUCAGCCGACGAUUGACUGAAGGUUUGGCUGCUGUGAUUGGCUAAAAUUCGGCUACUUGUUAGAAGAACAUACUUUUAGGUUAGGUUACGAGUUGUUUACACUUUAAGUUACAAUUCACUGUGUACAGAGGCAGCUUUAGGCCAGACUUAAUUCAGCUUCACAGUGUCCCUCAUUUUGCUCAGCCCCUUAAUUUUGAGAGAUUGACCAAAAUCCCAGGCACUGACACUACCUUCUGUCACUAUUUGACCUCAUUAUGGAACUCACAGUUUACAAUGUUAAAUCAGUUAGAGGAUUCUGUAUGUCUUCAUGUUUCUGUUACUCUAACCGUAAUGAGACCAUUUGAGGUACAAA